GGUCUUGUUGUAGUGGCUUGUAUUACAGCCUUGGCAGGUGAUGCUGCAGCUCACACGGGGCUGGAACAGCCUCCUUGCUUAUCUGCUUUUAAUUAGACAGCUGACCUGGUUUCAGCAUCGCCGUGCGUCAACAGCUCCGGGAGCGCAGCUAUCAUUUCUUCCGACCGGAACCCGCUUUGCGAGUCUGACAGACAGACCCUCCCUCUCUGCGCCCCCCAAGGCGCAGCCUUUCCGCGGCAGUUUCAGCACCGGGACAGGAGCUGUCCAAACAUUCAGCACCUUUUGCUUUGCUCCAAACAGGAGGUAAAAACAAUCUCCUGCGCGCUCCGUGGCAGAUUGCUUCAGGAUGGCGUCCAAACGCGUUGGCCUUUUUGUUCCUCUCCAGCUUCUUGUUCUGAAUGUAGUGAUCCAGACAUCUGCCCUCCCCACACCUACAGCCUCAUUGGAUGAUAAAACUGUGUACAACAGACAGCUGACGGAGGAAAGACCUUUACAGGAACAGAUUGCAGAGGCAGACAGUGUAAAGGCUGCAGUACAGUCAGCAGAAAGUAAACAACCCGCGGGCUCCAAGGACAGAGAGUCAGAGCAGGGUGACGACUUCACCCUGCUCAAGUCUCUGGCUGAUGGCCAGAAGUCAAAAGAAGCUCUAGAAGCGGCAGUCAGGAAGGAGGAUCAGUAUGUCCCUGAUGAAUCCGAUUCGACGAAGAGCCGACGCCUGGCUGACGACUACGACUCCACCAAGAGCGGCAUAGACUACAGCAAGUACCAGGAUGACCCAGAAAGCUUCCGGCAGGUUGAUGGCACCCCGCUGACUGCAGAGGAUAUUGUUCAGAAGAUUGCCAACAAAAUAUAUGAGGAGGAUGACAGAGGGGUUUUUGACAGGAUCGUCUCCAAGCUGCUCAAACUGGGGCUGAUUACUGAAAGUCAGGCUGACACUCUGGAGUACCAAGUGGCCGAGGCUCUCCAGGAUCUCAUCACCAAGAAUGCCAAGAAUAAUGAAAUUGAGGAAAUGGAGAGCAUGAACCAGGAGUCUAGGGGAGAGCAGGAUGACCUGGGUCCAGAUACGGACACAUGGGAGCCACCCAGGCGUCGUUACGACGAAGAAGAUGACGAAGAAGAGGAAGGCAAUGAUGACGAUGAGAUUGUGGAUGAGGUGGACAGGGAUGUGGAAGAAGACUUAGACGGAGCUGAAAAUCGCUGGGAUAAAGAUAAAGAGGAGGGAAACGAGGUGAACCCUGAGGAUGGGCUCCAGGACCUGCAAUACUUCCCAAACUUCUACCGUCUUCUUAAGAGCCUUGAUUCGGAUCAAGAUGCUCAGGAAAGAGAAACCCUGAUCACCAUCAUGAAGACACUGAUUGACUUUGUGAAGAUGAUGGUGAAAUAUGGCACCAUUACUCCAGAGGAGGGAGUUUCCUAUCUUGAGAACCUGGACGCCAUGAUAGCCAUGCAGACAAAGAACAAGUUGGGAAAGUCGCUCAUGGUUCCUGACAUUUCCAGUUUUACUGGGAAAAGCUUGGAUGAAGAUGACAACACCAAAUCUGAGACAGCGAAGAUGCAGAGGGAGUACGACAACUUGAAGGACUCGACCAAAGAGGAGCAGCCGUCCACUGAAACCAAUCAGCCAGGCAAAUCAGAAACCUAUCUGGAAGCUAUCAGGAAGAAUAUUGAGUGGCUGAAGAAGCACAACAAAGAAGAAGGCAAAAAUGAUUAUGACCUGUCCAAGCUGAAGGAUUUCAUGGACCAGCAAGUCGACUCCUACAUCGAGAAAGGAAUCAUCGCCAAAGACGAGGGCGACACCAUAAAGAGGAUCUACAGCAGUCUGUGACAAAAUCUCCCGUCCAAAACCGAGUCUGACACUUAGAUUUCCUACAAAAACACAGACUCCACCCAAAUGUUUAAAAGAGUACGAUAAAUUAUAUACAAUAUAAUUAGGAAUACAUUUCCAGACAUUCCAAAAACUGAACCAAAAUAUAUUAAAUUUGCCUCAACAAAAUUUCAAGUAUCUGUUGAUCCAACAAUUUAUGUUUGCACCCUAAAACUGAAGAGGAUAAGCUAAACUGCUUUCAUGAGGUACCAGAAUACUUUGUCACAUUACACAAUAAAGUCUGAAUGUAUAUGUUAGACCAUGUAUUUGUUAGAACCACUCUUUACAACAAUACAUCUACAGCUAUCAAAUUAUACAAUAUGUAACCUGUCUUAGUCAGUCAUAAUUACCUUCUUUUCCAUUGCAUAUGUAAUAUUUUGUGUAUUCUUGCUUUUUAUUGUACCAUAUCUAUAUUUGUGAUGUCAUGAUGUCUGUGCGCCUUGUUGCUACCUUUUUCUGUUCUGCUGUAAGUCAUCUGGAGCCCGCUAGGGGGCGGUGCCGAAGUCAGUAAAUCCCUUUGCAUGUCUCUGCUGUGUGUGUUUUACAUUCCCCAUCUAGAAGCGGAUGAUAAAAAGUAUUUUUAAAUGUAAAUAUUUGUGGGGGGUUUUCCUAAAGUUGUAAAAGCAAAUAAAACAUUGCCUUUUCUUUA